AUGCGACGGCGGCCCCCGCCGCCGCCGCCGCCACCACCACCGACUACGCCCAUGGCCGCUCGAACCCUGCUGCUGCUCGUGCCGCUCUUGCUGCUGCUCGCUGACGCCACCUCGGCUUCCGUCAGCGGCGAGCGCGAGGCGUUGUUGAAGUUCAAGGCGGCCGUGACGGCCGACCCGGGCGGGCUGCUGCGCGACUGGUCCCCGGCGUCCGCGGACCACUGCCGCUGGCCGGGCGUGUCGUGCGGCGCGGCCGGGGAGGUGGUCGCGCUCAACGUCACCUCCUCGCCCGGGCGCGCGCUCACGGGCGCGCUGUCCCCGGCCGUCGCGGCGCUGCGGGAGCUCCGCGUACUCGCGCUCCCGUCCCACGCGCUCUCGGGCCCGCUCCCGCCCGCGAUCUGGACGCUGCGCCGCCUCCGCGUGCUCGACCUCUCCGGCAACCGCCUCCAGGGCGGGAUCCCCGCGGUGCUCGCCUGCGUCGCCCUCCAGACGUUGGACCUUGCCUACAACCAGCUCAACGGCUCCGUGCCCGCCGCCCUCGGCGCGCUCCCUGUGCUGCGGCGCCUGUCACUUGCCUCCAACCGCUUCGGUGGCGCCAUCCCUGACGAGCUCGGUGGCGCCGGUUGCCGCAAUCUGCAGUUCCUCGACGUCUCUGGGAACAUGCUCGUCGGUGGCAUCCCCCGGAGCCUGGGGAACUGUACCGAGCUGCAGGCGCUGUUACUGUCCUCCAACAAUCUGGAUGACAUCAUCCCGCCGGAGAUUGGUCACCUCAAGAACCUGCGUGCUUUGGAUGUGUCCAGGAACAGUUUGAGUGGGCCUGUGCCAGCGGAGCUUGGUGGUUGCAUUCAGCUGUCAGUGCUUGUGCUGUCCAAUCCUUAUGCGUCGCCUGGUGGUUCUGAUUCUUCUGACUAUGGUGAGCCUGAUGACUUCAACUACUUCCAAGGAGGGAUUCCGGAUGCUAUCGCUACGCUGCCGAAGCUGAGGAUGUUGUGGGCGCCAAGGGCCACAUUGAAGGGAGAGCUGCCGGGUAAUUGGAGUUCUUGCCAGAGCUUGGAAAUGAUGAAUUUGGGGGAGAAUCUGUUCUCCGGCGGGAUUCCCAAGGGGCUGGUGGAAUGUGAGAACAUGAAGUUCCUGAAUUUGAGCAUGAACAAGUUUUCAGGUUCAGUUGAUCCUUCACUGCCAGUGCCUUGCAUGGACGUGUUUGAUGUCACUGGAAACCAGCUGUCUGGCUCGAUUCCAGUAUUUAUCUCAAAAAAGAAUUGUUUUUCAUCCCAGCCUCCAUUGGAUGACUUGGUGUCAGAGUAUUCUUCUUUCUUCACAUAUCAAGCGCUUGCUGGCUUUAUGUCAUCCUCAUCACCAUUGGGUGUGCAUUUGACAAGCUACCAUAGUUUUUCCAGGAACAAUUUUACUGGUGCAGUUACAUCCUUGCCUCUUGCUACUGAAAAGUUGGGGAUGCAGGGGUCCUAUGCAUUCUUGGCUGAUGGGAAUCAUCUUGGUGGUCAGCUUCAGCCUAGUCUAUUUAACAAGUGCAACAGCUCAAGGGGCUUCGUCGUGGAAGUCAGUAACAACUUGAUAAGUGGAGCUAUUCCUGCAGACAUUGGCUCGCUGUGCAGUUCUCUCGUUGUUCUUGGUAUUGCUGGUAAUCAGCUUUCAGGUAUUAUACCAUCAAGUAUUGGGGAAUUAAGUUACCUUAUCAGCUUGGAUUUGAGUAGGAAUCGCCUCGGUGGUGUAAUUCCUACUUCUGUGAAGAACUUGCCGCAUUUACAGCGCCUCUCUUUGGUUCAGAACCUUCUGAAUGGCACCAUUCCAGCCGAUAUUAAUCAGUUGCACGCUCUCAAGGUUUUGGACCUGUCAUCCAACCUCCUCACAGGGGUGAUCCCUGGUGCCCUUGCUGACUUGAGAAAUCUCACUGCUCUACUCCUUAAUAACAAUAACCUUACUGGGAAGAUUCCUUCAGGAUUUGCUAACUCAGCAUCUCUUACCACGUUUAAUGUGUCAUUCAACAAUUUGUCUGGUCCAGUGCCAACAAAUGGUAAUACAGUUAGAUGUGACAGCGUUAUUGGGAAUCCUUUACUGCAAUCUUGUCAUGUGUACACUUUGGCUGUACCAUCAGCUGCUCAGCAGGGUCGAGGCUUGAAUUCGAAUGACAACAAUGAUACAGCACCUUCAGACUCGCAAAAUGAAGGAGCGAACAAUUCAUUUAAUGCAAUUGAGAUUGCUUCAAUAACUUUUGCAACAGCCAUCGUUUCUGUCCUCCUUGCACUGAUCGUGCUCUUCAUAUACACAAGGAAGUGUGCUCCCCGGAUGUCAGCUCGGUCUUCUGGAAGGAGAGAAGUUACACUCUUCCAAGAUAUUGGUGUCCCAAUCACUUAUGAGACUGUUGUUCGAGCCACUGGAAGUUUCAAUGCAAGCAAUUGCAUUGGAAGUGGAGGCUUUGGAGCCACUUACAAGGCUGAAAUUGCACCUGGAGUGUUGGUAGCUAUUAAGAGGCUCUCUGUCGGGAGAUUUCAGGGAGCCCAACAGUUUGAUGCUGAGAUAAAAACCCUAGGGAGAUUAAGACAUCCAAAUCUUGUUACCUUGGUAGGUUACCAUCUUGGCGAGUCUGAAAUGUUUCUCAUAUAUAACUACUUGUCUAGAGGAAACCUUAAGAGGUUUAUACAGGAGAGAUCAAAGAGACCGGUAGACUGGAAAAUGCUGCACAAGAUUGCAUUGGAUGUUGCCAGAGCACUUGCUUAUCUGCAUGAUACCUGUGUUCCCCGUAUCCUUCACCGGGACGUGAAGCCGAGCAAUAUUUUGUUGGACACUAACAAUACUGCAUAUCUCUCGGACUUUGGACUGGCAAGACUCUUGGGAAAUUCAGAAACACAUGCAACCACUGGUGUAGCUGGAACAUUUGGAUAUGUUGCUCCAGAAUAUGCUAUGACUUGUCGUGUUUCAGAUAAAGCUGAUGUGUAUAGCUAUGGUGUUGUCCUGAUGGAGCUAAUCUCAGACAAGAAGGCCUUGGACCCGUCAUUUUCUCCUUAUGGUAAUGGGUUCAACAUAGUUGCUUGGGCUUGCAUGCUGCUUCGUCAAGGCCGUGCCAGGGAAUUCUUUAUUGAUGGUCUGUGGGAUGUUGGCCCACAUGACGACUUGGUAGAAACAUUGCAUUUAGCAGUGAUGUGCACUGUUGAUUCACUCUCUAUACGUCCAACUAUGAAGCAGGUCGUUCAGCGAUUAAAGCAGCUACAGCCUCCAAUUCGUGAACAUCGAUAG